AUGACCUCUCGUCCGUGGAGUUCAAGACGGAAAGGACACAGCCGAUUGCAAUGCCAACGAGAACACCGAGGUUCAGGGAAAACGGCAUCGUCACAGUCCCGCAAAGACUUCGUAAAAUGUUUUUUGUUUCUGUUCAGAUUUCUGUUGGAAAGUAUCGAGGAUCUUGACCGCAGUCUACGGAAGCUGGGAUCUCGGCUGUUUGUUGUGCGGGGACAGCCGGCAGACGUUUUACCCAAACUGUUUAAGGAGUGGAGGAUCACCACGCUGACGUUUGAGGAAGAUCCCGAACUGUACGGCAAAGAGCGAGAUGUCGCCAUUACAUCCCUUACGAAGGAACACGACGUGGAAACGAUCACACGAAUCUCGCACACGUUAUAUGACUUACAAAA